AAGGGAGAGAGAGAGAGGGAGGAGACGCGCACGCACAAAUAGAGUUCUCUUAAGAGAGAGAGAGAGAGAGAGAGAGAGAGAGAUUGAAGAUCUAGGGUUUCCUCAUCGUCGUCCCACAGCGAUCGCCCUCGCACUUUGGCUCAUCUUCUUCUGAAACAUUGUUCGUUGGGAAAUGGCGGACGGUGAGGAUAUCCAGCCUCUUGUGUGCGACAAUGGGACCGGAAUGGUUAAGGCUGGAUUUGCUGGAGACGAUGCGCCGAGGGCUGUAUUUCCUAGCAUCGUGGGCCGUCCACGUCACACGGGAGUGAUGGUUGGCAUGGGCCAAAAGGAUGCUUAUGUCGGGGACGAGGCUCAAUCGAAGCGUGGUAUUUUGACCCUUAAAUACCCAAUUGAGCACGGCAUCGUCAGCAAUUGGGACGACAUGGAGAAGAUCUGGCACCACACUUUCUAUAAUGAGCUCCGUGUGGCUCCAGAAGAGCACCCUGUUCUUCUCACUGAGGCACCGUUGAAUCCGAAGGCUAACCGUGAAAAGAUGACUCAGAUCAUGUUUGAGACCUUCAAUACUCCGGCUAUGUAUGUUGCUAUUCAGGCUGUUCUUUCUCUUUAUGCCAGUGGCCGUACAACUGGUAUUGUCCUUGACUCUGGUGACGGAGUGAGCCACACUGUGCCAAUAUACGAAGGAUACGCUCUCCCACAUGCGAUCCUCCGCCUUGACCUUGCAGGCCGUGACCUAACUGAUGCCCUGAUGAAGAUUUUGACUGAGCGAGGCUACUCCUUCACCACCACGGCAGAACGUGAGAUUGUCCGCGACGUGAAGGAGAAGCUUGCCUACAUUGCGCUUGACUACGAGCAGGAGCUCGAGAUGUCAAAAACCAGCUCCUCUGUUGAGAAGAGCUAUGAGUUGCCUGACGGGCAAGUGAUCACCAUUGGGGCGGAACGUUUCCGCUGCCCGGAAGUCCUUUUCCAGCCAUCCAUGAUCGGGAUGGAGGCAGCAGGAAUACAUGAGACAACGUACAAUUCGAUCAUGAAAUGCGACGUGGAUAUAAGGAAGGACCUAUAUGGGAAUAUUGUGUUAAGCGGGGGUUCAACAAUGUUUCCAGGCAUCGCUGAUAGGAUGAGCAAGGAGAUCACUGCAUUGGCACCUAGUAGCAUGAAGAUUAAGGUGGUGGCUCCCCCAGAGAGGAAGUACAGUGUAUGGAUCGGAGGAUCCAUCUUGGCAUCCCUCAGCACAUUCCAGCAGAUGUGGAUUGCAAAGGCCGAGUAUGAUGAAUCCGGACCAUCAAUUGUGCACAGGAAAUGCUUCUAAUUCUUCUGCAAUGGAAAGUGAGACUUGAGGUUGGAUCGCUUACAUGCCUGGAGAUGUUGCUUGUUCUCUUUCCUUUCUACAAUCAUUUUGUUCUGCGUGGCGUUGAGAGUGCUGGUCUUCCUCGGCAAAAUAUGCAAUUCCUAAGUGCUCUUAGUGAUGUUUUUGUCUCAUUUACGUAGGGGCAACCAUAAUCCGGCUUUAAUUCGGGCUCUCAGUGUGGCUAUUGCCUAAUAAGAUUACUAUGUUAAUGCUGAUUUUUCCGGCUGAAAAUUGUUUAUCCUACAAAUAAAUAUGCAAUUUGCUUUUGCAUUCACCUAUUGUUUCAGGAAAUAUAUGCUCUGGUAUUCUUCUAUGUUGUCUAAA